GGGCUGGAAUCUGACCGACCAUGAGUUUUCUUGGAGGCUUGUUUGGUCCCAUUUGUGAAACUGAUGUUGUUCUUAAUGACGCAGACUCACGAAAAACUGCUGAAAUCAAAACAGAAGAUGGUAAAAUUGAAAAGCAUUAUCUCUUCUAUGAUGGAGAAUCUGUUUCAGGAAAGGUGAACAUAGUCUUUAAACAUCAUGGAAAGAGGCUAGAGCAUCAAGGAAUUAGAAUUGAAUUUGUAGGACAAAUUGAACUUUUCAAUGACAAGAGCAAUACUCAUGAGUUUGUAAACCUAGUUAAAGAGCUGGCCUUACCUGGUGAAUUAACCCAAAGCAGAAGUUAUGACUUUGAAUUUAUGCAAGUUGAGAAGCCAUACGAAUCCUACAUUGGUGCCAAUGUCAGAUUGAGGUAUUUCCUUAAAGUGACAAUAGUAAGAAGAUUGUCAGACUUGAUAAAAGAGUAUGAUCUUAUUGUACACCAGCUUGCAACAUAUCCAGAUGUUAACAACUCUAUUAAAAUGGAAGUCGGCAUUGAAGACUGUCUGCAUAUAGAAUUUGAAUACAACAAAUCCAAGUAUCACUUAAAGGAUGUGAUUGUUGGAAAAAUUUACUUCCUCUUAGUAAGAAUAAAGAUCCAGCAUAUGGAACUGCAGUUGAUCAAAAAGGAGAUCACUGGAAUUGGACCUAGUACCACAACAGAGACGGAGACCAUCGCAAAGUAUGAAAUAAUGGAUGGUGCACCAGUCAAAGGUGAAUCUAUUCCCAUAAGACUGUUUUUGGCAGGAUAUGAUCCAACUCCUACAAUGAGGGAUGUAAACAAAAAGUUUUCAGUAAGAUACUUCUUGAAUCUCGUGCUAGUAGAUGAGGAGGACAGACGGUACUUCAAGCAACAGGAGAUAAUUCUUUGGAGAAAAGCUCCCGAGAAACUGAGGAAACAACGAACCAACUUUCACCAGCGAUUUGAAAGUCCAGAACCACAAGCAACUGCAGAACAGCCUGAAAUGUGAACUGGGUGUUGGGGGGUGGUGGUGAAAGAACUGUCGAUAGAUUAGCAGGUUAAAUGGUGGUAACAGCCUGUAGGGAAGAAGGCCAAAUUUCUCAUUACAACAGUCUUCCUUUGUCUUACAGUGCUGCAUUUCCCACACUACUAAAACAUUCUUCAAGUAAACAUUCAAAUGUGUACAUACAUUUAAAAUAAGUGCUUUCUCAAACACUGGAACUUUCUUAAUCUAUUUUAUACUGCAUAUUUUAUUUUUGUCUGGUGUGAUGCACUCAGAUAUGCAUAAAGCUUAAAAGAAAUCUAGUUAUGUGUUUCCAUGCAUGUAGGCUGGUGCAUUUGAGUUUUGCUUAUCAUUGAUGAGAUAGACUAAAGCAUUUCUUCUUCCUAUACCACAUUUCAUAUCAUACAUCUUCAGUGUCUGUUACUUGUAUCCUUGGAAACCAAUAAAAAUAUGAUGGCCUAAAAUGUCAAUUUCAGAAUUUAUAAUAGGGUUUUGUCUUAAAGCUAUUCUAUUGCUCCCCUGAAAGUAUCUAAUAUGUACAAAACAUUAUGUAUUUGCUGGCAUAAUUUUGAGACCAUACUAUGUUCCAACUUCCUAUUUUUCUGCUUAACCUGGUAGGCAAACUUCUUCCUGAUCUCAGUUUUGUAAGAGGGGAUUCUGCUUGUCUGAUUAGUUUCUUAGCACUUCCAUUCUAAUAAUUCUGUUGUCUAGCUCAAAAGCCCCUAAGAAGGCUUAUUACCUUACAGGUAAAUGUAGAUGUACAGUGUCACAUGGAGGGUAAGAUGUGUGUGAAUGUUUUAAUACAGCUUUUAUUAAUUCAAGUAUUGAAUUCCAGGUCACAUGCAUAAAACUCUGCUCUCCUUGCACUCAAACCCACACAGAUUCAUCUUAUCAUUUUUCUUUAAACAGCUCCAAAUGAGAGAAAGCUGUGUGAGUGUGAGCUUACCUGAACAAUUUCUUCUCUGCCCUUCUGUAAUGAAAGCAAAUUGGGGCUUACAGAAAGGUAUAGUUUUACGAACUGCAUCCCAAGCACGUAUUAAAAGUCUGUAUAGUGGAGCAUCAGAACAUUUAACACUCUGUGAAUAUAGUGCAUUUGGACAAAUCUCAGUCACCUCCAGGUGUUUCCACAUGGGUUGUUUUUUUGCCCUAGACUCAAUGCUGUGGGGAAGCAUGGUUUUUCCUUCCCCACAGCAUCGUGGUACAUUUCCUGGGUUUUCUCCAGUCUUUUCCAAAUCUUCUUCACUGUGAAGUUUCAGGAAUGACUGCAGCAAAGUCUGGGUGGCUGCCAUGUGGGUGGAAAAGUCUGGACUUUCCAGUCCUGCCCACAAUGCAGCUGUUUUCCCUGCAGCAGCUAUUCUCUCACACUAUCACCAGGGCUUUUUUCUUUUCUUAAAAACUAGCAAUUAAAUAGCAUUAUCGUGUAUGCCAUUUUACCAAUAUAUUAAUCAGAAUCCCUGAAUUAGCAGUUUGUUUGUUUGUUUUUAAGUCCCUGGCCCCUUUCAUUGUAGUCAUUAGGGAAGAAAACACAUUUCCAAGGAAAGCGGCAAGAGACUUUUUAGAAGUAUGGAAGCUGGUAAUUCAGAGAACGUGAUGCAUAGGUUGGUAUACUGAUAUAAUGCUAUUCAGUAACUGAUAAGGGAAAAAACCCUACCAGGGAAACCCCAUUGGUGCUGGUGCUGUAAGUAGCCACAGCAGCAAAAGGGGAAACUAUGCAAGCCUCUCCUCAUGUGGAAACAUCUUCCUCUCUCCCCAGUUAAGCAUGUUGUCUAUUUUCAGAACACACUGUAUGUGUUGGGCACCACAUGGAACCUGCUGAAUGGAAGGCUUCUCACAUUUGUAGUUCACUUGGCCUAUAUACCAAGAAUGUUUCUAAACUUCAGUGCAAGUGUUAUUGGUUACCUUACUUUAUGAGUAAGCAAAAUUACUAAAUCUGUACUUCUGUAAGAACUGUUUUCUUACUCUGGCACUUUGAUAAAAGCAGUCAGAUACUGCUAGCUAGGAUGCUUCUGUUAAUACAGCUGCCUGUGACUGAGAGAACUUAACUCCCUCAUGUAAGUGCCUGUUCAGAAUCUCAGAAGAAAAGCCAAAUAUUUUCAUGGACACUUGCAUGUUGCAAUCUGGAAACUAUUCUAAGAAAUUUUGAAAACUGAUUGUAUUUAACCAGCCUCAACUUGUGCAACUGUGUAUAAUAGUCAUAAUGAACUGCUAUUUGAAUUAUUAAAAAUAGCUGUAUUCUCA